AUGGUCGAGUCGCUGACGGAGAACCAAGGGGCUCUCCUUCGCGAGGAGAAUAGGCAACUGCGAAAGAGGGUCGCCAAGACCCAACAGAAAGCGUCCCACUUCCUGAAAAAACUGGAAACUCUGCGCAUAUGAUGAAGUGAAAAACUUCCCUAUUCAAUUUCUAGUACUAGUGUAGGUGUAGAACUACAACUACAGUGCGUUGUUAGCUUCUUGUUCAAUUGUUCAUCCAGAAGAUCAGAAAAAGAAUCUUAGUAGAACGCGUUUUUGAACAAGAACUUGGACGUUGUACUACGACUAAUUAAAUAGGAGCCAUCCAAGCUGGUGCGUCGAACAACUCGAAAAACUUGUAAUUGUAAAAUUGUAAAAUUCAUCUUCGGACGUAACGUUACUGGAACGAGAAGAGACGCUGCGAGGCCGUUCACGUUUGUUGUACCUUGAGGACCGGUUGGAGUUUCAAAGCGUACAACUUCGCAAUCUCUGGCGCAUUUCUGAGGACCCUUAUGGAAGCGGUUAAACACACACGUAGGGUCCCCCUUUGGCCCAAAACAGGCCAUUUUUCCAGGUAGUGCACGAAGCUGCUUGGGAAGUUGGCUACAGUAGUACUACUGUGUGAAUACUGAAGUAGUACUACUUCGAUCAUCUUUACAGUUGCUGCUUGUUCUUACCAAUACAGUUACUGGCACUAGUAAUAGUAUGCUAGCUCAAGAAACAAGGCUACAACUUUCUUCAAAUUCAUGUGCUGUGUCUUCUAUUCUUGUGAAAUCUUUAACAAGGUGUUGGCGACUCGGCGAAUCCGCCACAGGAGCUGCAAGGAGGGCACCAGGACGGGGACGAUGUGGCGAGCGACAGAAACCAAACCGCCGAAGAGGUUAGUCGCUUGCGCACCGCGUGUGCCGCUGCAUGGCAAGCGAUGGAAGUGGCGAAUGAUUAGGUCUCGAGUGAUGUUGGCAUUUUUAUCAUUCACUUCUAUGAUUCCCUAGAAUCCGCAAUCUUAGGAUCCGCAGAUGAUGACGAUAGAAAAUGAUCUACUAGCCGCGAUAGCUCUAGCUGGUCUAAGAUAAGCAAAGACAAGCACGAAUGCAACGGGAAUUGGAGAUGGGGCGAGAAACGUUUACGGCGUGGGUCGAGAAAGCAACCGUCGGAGCGACACCAUCGUCAAGGACAUCUACAGGCUUAAGGCUCGAACAUAAAACAUAGAUGAAGCCUACCAAGAAGACUUCUCAGUUUCUUAUUAAACUCUUGCUUCAUGUUCACCUUCAUGAAAUCUUAGUACUUCAGAUUGAGUUGUACAAAAACUACUUGUUGGACGAAAGAUAUUCAGCUUUGUAGUUCUAAGAAGAGGCGGCACGGCUUCUGCCACGACUUUCACAUCUACUACCGUACCGGAAGCUAAAGGUGGAAAAGACGAAGACGGUGUGCCCGUCGAUUCGAGAGUGUCUGCAUCCUAUAGUGUUCAGAUGAAGAAAGGUCGUGAGUCUACUGAUAAACGACCCGAUAGCAGUGUUUCUGUGCAACGGGAAGUAAUAACCACGCAGAACCACGAUGCUGCUUCAAAGUCCUCUGCUAUAAAACAACAACCUAAUAGCAGUGUUUCUGCGUCAACUACAUCUGCAACUUCUAGCUCUACUUCAACCAAGAAGGGACGAGAAUCAGAUCAUAAGGUUGAAGUUGGAGAACUAUUAAAAAAAUUCGAGACGCAAACAGAGCGACGGCGAGCGUCGUGCACGAAGGUCGAGAAAGAGCAGAAUUGCGCUCACCAUGUUAAGCGAGGACAAGGUCUGACAUUUGCUACCAUGAUCUCUUCAGUUGUCUCUAUCUCUGACUUUGUUGAGAUUGUAAGAAUAUCCUGGUUCUAUAAAGUUCAAAACAUGAUGAAUUUGUGUAGCAAGAAGUGCCUACACGACUUGUUGUUGCAUGAUGAAGCGGCAAGAAGAGCAAGAACUUCAUCGUCUAAAAAGAAUGGGAGAAUAUUGACACGAACAACGAGGCCCAGCACCGUUUUACGAACGACAGCAAAUCUUCUACGAAGUACCUCUACGAGGAAUCAAGAAGCGAACGGCACGGAUCAAGGUGAAGGUCAUGCGACUACAGAUCAGACUUGUUCCGUUAUGGCUGCAGUAGGACUAGAUGCUAGAAGCUUUAUGCACAAGUAGAAAUGUCAAGAAUAAGCGUCAUGAAGGAAGUUCAAGUAGAACUGAUAAAUCUUCCAUGGCUCUCUCUUGCUUAAACCAAAAGAAAAGUAAGAAAUUGUUACACAAUAAGAAACAGUAGCAGAAGUGUCAAAAACGACCUUCAUCUAAGAACGCUAGCGCGACCACAGCUCCCUCUGCAGCAUCUGCCACAGAACUAGGAGAUAUCCAAAAGCGGUCCAGGGACGCCGCAAUCUCGGGAGGCACCUCGACAGUAUCUCCUAUGGGAAAGAAAUUCGUCUUAAGGCUAGUUUUUCUUUUUCGCUAUCUCGCGUGAACUAUGAUGAGUGGACGAGUCCCCCAUGAUACUGAUUUACAAUGGAAAAUCAGGGAGAUGAAACUGGGCAACUCGCUCAACCACAACCAGGCAUAGCCGCGAAAAACUAUAAACUACCGUUAAUGAUGAAGUCACCGCUGAAAGCCAAUCCCUUCCUCGUAGAGCGACGUUCUCCACCGAAAGAAAUCCAGCAGAUUUUGUUUCAGGGUGGAGCAGACUAUUUGUGGUCGGAACACAAGAAGGAGAGCAGCAUCUUGGGAAAAACGGAUUUGGAUUUGCUGUACCACUGCCCGCCUCUCUCAUCGUCAUCAUCUACCACUGAAGACGGCGGAAUAACCACGGAGACUUCAGAAGGCGAAUUCUUGGGUCUCUCGUCAUCGUCUACAAGAACUUCAGAAGGCGCCGAAGCUGCUUUAGGAAUAGGAAUGUCCUUAAUAGAGCCUACAGCUCUAGGAGAUCCACGUCCACCUAGCGUAGGCAAAAAGAAAAACUCCUGCGGCUCCAUCGGCUCGUCCAACUUUACGACGAGAAAAGGAAAUUUGAUUCACACUAUUGGAAAUUUCGUCAAUCCUCCACCUCAACUCUUUUGUUGAUUUGGUAACUAAGAGUUGAGCUGGAGGAUUGACGAAAUUUCAAGUAGGACGAGAUUCUAGAAGCACUAUGCACAAGUAGAAAUGUACUUAAACAAGAAGCGUGUCAUGAAAGAAGUUCAAGUAGAACUAAUUAAUCAAUGGCUCUUUCUCGCUUGAUCCAAAAGAAGAGUAACAAAUUGUUAGACAAUGUGAAGCAGCCAGGAGUGUCAAAAACGACCUUCAUCUAUUAAGAAGGCUAGCGCGACCUACUUGAAAUUUCGUCAAUUUUCCAUCCACUUCAACUCUUACCCAAAAGUCUGUCUUUCUAAGUAGCCACACGCCUCUAAGUAGCCACACACCUCGCCAGGACCAGGAGCAGUGGAUAUAGGACGCUACUUGAUUCGGCGACGAAGCGGACCCCAGUCUGCGUCACGACCUGACUUUAAGGGCUGACGAGCACGUCGAUACUUUAUUCAUCCUGUCAACAUAGUGGAAUGAAGGAUGCUCUUGCUCAGGUAUCCUACUGAUAAGUAGAUGUGGAGUUCGUUGUGUGAGUUUUUGCACUGUCCUUUGUGUUUCAAAGCUUAUUCAUCUUCACAGCCUUCUACUUCUUUUCUCAGACUGCUCGUCUUCUCAGACUUCUUUCUCAGAACUUUACGACCUACAAGUAAUUGCAUUCGUAGUGAUCGACUCGCGCUCGUCUAAGAAUUCAGCCAUGGCGCUCGAAACGCCACCACGCGCAAGAGUAGAAGAGCUGCGACACUAUCUCAUUCGCUCAGCAUCGUCGAGCAAGGACAGUGAGCGGACAUCAACAAAAGCUUUUGCACUAGAGCACGCUGAAGUAGACGGAAAUGAAGGGGCAACUACUAGAACAGUAGCGCCUGUACUAGAGCACGUUGGAGCAGACGGAAAUGAAGGGGCAUACUGAAGAAGAAGGAAGAGGAAGAGGACAUGGGAAUCUAGGACAUGGGAGUCUACUCGAAAACUGAAAAUAACCGAGUUACUGACUGAAAUAAGGGAGGUAGCUUUGACAGGGCUACUCUUCCUUGUUCAGUAUCUCGCUUAUUUUCAGUAGUUACUCGCUUAUUUCAGUUUUUCGAAUACUUGUGAUUGGAGAGGGACGAAACAAAAAACAUCAACACCACCCACAACAUUGCUAGUAGAAGCCGUAGUACUAUUGCUCAUGUGUUGUGGCACAACCGGCACUCCGCUAUUUUCGAACGCACUCGAAGAUGAGGCUGCUGCAGACAAAGAUGAAGACGAAACAAAAAACGGGUGCGUGAGGAUCCCUUGACUUGUGUCUGCAGUUGGGUCUUAGAAGAACAAGUCACUGUAAAGUUGUACGUAGUUUUUUAUACGAACAGUUUUUAUCAUCUCGCUAGAAGAUAUUCCAAAUCCAACUUGUUCAAGAUAUCGAAGAUAUUAGAACUCCACGGACUUUUCGUUCUCAUACAAAACAAGAAGAGAAAAACUGAAGAUAGAUCCAAUAUAUUGUUGAGAAGCUACAUUUUGCACCAGAGGCGUAUCUAUGCUAGUUUCUAAACUACAGCCAGAAGUCCUUCAAGAAUGGGUAAACUACGUCAGGUCGAUGGAAGUUCAAGAUGACUGUUCCCACUUUCAACACGUCAUUGGAACGUAGAUCUGCAAGACUAUGUUGUACCACAAGUUGUUGUUUACAACGAGAGUUAAGGAGAGACAGUGAGGACUGUCGAUUGAUUAGAACCUUUAUCACCUUAUUAGGCUUCACAAUUCCACGGCCGUCCGAAAGGAUACACUGCUGGAACUGUAUCAUCCUGCCGGUAGACUAGAAGCACCACUAAGGAGGCGAACGAAUGAUUCCACAUGAAGAUCAAGCCACGUUGCAGAGUGAUCGAGAGUUUUCUGUAGAGUAUCGGAAUCGGUGUCAACAUCCAUCCUAUCUUAUCGGUAAAGAUCGUAGUUCUGAUCGACCGCUAGACUCAACUCAGUUUAAUCCAGAUCGCCAGGAACGCCUUACCUCAUGCGUAGAAAAGGACCAUAAUUGAUGAUGCGCUGGAGUAGUCCUGAUCUUGCUGAUGUAUUAAACGCGUUCACUAUUGUUCUAGGACUCCAGGUUCACAUGAAGAUGUCGAUGUCCUAGUACGUAGAAGUGCCAAUUUUUGCGUUCCCUUGCAGUUGCAUGCUUACCAAGCACGGUCACGGUGGGUCACACCGUUGAUGCGUUGCUGAAAUUUGCAACUCAACAAUUUACAAGGAUAAGGAAGCAACGGCUGCGCCUUUGCCUACGGCAACACGACACUUACUACAGGUAACCCACCUUCCACAGUAAGCAACAGCAAGCAGACGAGCAGAGAAAAUGGCAGUGAUUCUCGGAACGGCUUUCAGGAGUUCGAUCUGGUGUGAAGGGCGCUCCACCACUCCGAAGACGAGGCAGAAUAGAGUCUGUGCAUUAUGAGCAAUGUUCUUGCGUGAUUUCAUUCAACAUAUUAGCUGAUGUGGGAUGAUUGAGAAUUCAUCGAAUCACACGCGCAGGCGCACCCAUACGGAUGAUCAUGAUGGAAACCUCUAACACUCCUCGCCCUCAGCUCAAGCUGAACGACUUUGCUUACAACUGAGUACACUUUAACUUCAUUCAGAUUCAGGCUUCUUUUCCUUUUUCUAAUCCUAGCCGUACUCCUCCUUCUCGGAACAUCAUCAACAUGGUUCGCAGAAGCAAUGGUCAUGUCUCGGACACAGUUUCCGGACAGGGCUCUGAAAACGGUAACGGAAAGUCGAGUGAAGAGGAAGAUGUGUGGAAAACACGCAUGUUGGGUUAACAAAGACCAGUUCAAGCUAGAGCACGAGUCGAGGGAACAAGAGGUGAAAAACUGGCUAGCAAGAGGAUUGGAGGGCUGGUUCCUCAAUCGUUAAGGGCAUCGCGAUAAUCAUGAUGCGCUCUUCCAUAUUUCUUACAAGACGAGUAGUAUUCAAGGCUAGACCUUUUUGUUUUUCCUUGCCCUCACUCUUAGUCUCUUGAUAAUAGAAAUAGAUCAUUCUCUGAGGACCUCAAGAAUGAACACAUAAGCGCGCUGUACUUCUAAAAUAGAACGUGGAACGAAGACGACGCCUUCCGAAUGUGUCAAGAUUCGUAUGAAGAGUACCAAGACGUGGUAGCACUAGACGAAGACCUGUACCGCGAAAAGUACGCUACGCUGGAGUCCCUCACACGGAAAGCAUCGCAGAAGGAGAUUCUUCGUUAUGAAGGUAGUCAUGAUAGUCCUCUCACUAGACAUAAUAUUGCUUGAAAUUCUAAGAUCUACAUGCUCAUGAUGGAAAUAGGACUACCUCUACUUGGUCAAUGACGAAGAUUGCUGGUUUAGUACACGGCCAACAUGAAGAAAGCUGUAGCUAUAGUUUUUGAUUUGAGAACCCCGUAAAAGCAGGGCAAAGGUAAGAGGUUCCUACACCAGAUCCAUUUUCUAGAAGAUCUAGGUCUAGAAGAUCUAGGUGCUUACUACGACUGAAAAUGUACUAACAAACUACUUAGAAAUUUAGGAGGUACUUACUACUAACAGGCUAAGUUCUAAUUUGUGGAGCAUGGCGUGAAUCAGAUGCGCUUUGAGAGGCCUCCGCAAUCAGACGGGUUCGAUGCUACGGUCUUCAAAGCACGCGCAGAAUACUACAAUCAAGACAAAGGCAACGGAACUUCUGCUCUCGACCAGCAGCAAAGCAGCGAUACUUUCUUCUCAGCCCAGAACGAGACAACGCAGUUCAUCGCUCUAUUGGAGAACAUCACUCAUCCCGACACCCUUCGAAACUAUCUUAAGGCUGAUCAUGAUGAUUCCAAUUCAUCCUCACUGACUGAUGUUCAUCGUUCUUAACACUACAUGAUUAAGUAGAUAGAUGACCCAGCACCAUCUUUCAACAGCAUCUUUGAAAGAAACUACACGAUUAAGAAUAGAUGAGAGAGCAUGUUGUACAAAAGGAUCCUAGGAUGUCUAGAAGUUCUUCAUGACACCCUUCGAAACUAUCUUAAGGCUGAUCAUGAUGAUUCCAAUUCAUCCUCACUGACUGAUGUUCAUCGUUCUUAACAGUUCAUUCUUAACAUAAUGAUCAUGAUGUUCAUCUUCAUUCUUAACAUAGUAACAGUAGAAUUUGAAUUCAUUCAGACUGAUCCUUCAUCCUCUCUGAUCCUAGUAGCAUGAUUCAUCCAGAGUCUCUUGCUGUUUUCCACUCCUGGAUUAUACCUUUGAAAAGGAGGGAUCUUAAAGAAAGAUAUACUUAUUCUUAUUGUAUGUAUGACUGUAAUAUUGUGAGACUCGUGCCAACAUGAACAUGCCAUACAAGUUAUUUAGUUGUUGGUAAUGUAACAAAAAGUUAGGUUAUACUGAAAAUGAAAAUAAAAUCAUAUCUUUCUUCACAAUUGUCGUGAAUAGCACUAAGGAUUCUGCAGGCCUGAUCCUGAAGCCUUCGGAUGGGACAAAUAGCAUAGGUGUCCUCUGGGUCCAGAUGUUGUCGGACAAGGAAGCAGUAGACGCAUACUGGCAGCACCCUGCAAGGGAAGGAAUGCCCCAGAGGGAAGGGAAAGAGUUAGGGGAUGAGACUAGGAGAGCAGAGAGGGAAAGGGUUAGGGGAUGAGACUGGGAGGGGAUUGGUUUUAGAGGGGGCCCCUUGACGUAAUCUUCUUCUGAUAGGUGAUCUUGUUUUCUAUCCAAUAUUUCUAUUUUUAUCAAGAACCAGAAGUAGCGCAAUCAUGUGGUGCAAAACUACAUAGACGCACAUUCUACUUUGUUCAUCGUUUUUAAACUACCAAAUACGCCAAGAGUGGGCACAUUGAUUCAUUCACACUCAAAUUUUGAGGACGACAACUUUUGAAUCCUAGUAUGCGUAUUCCCACCACUUCUUUCAAGGAAGGAAGUGGUGGGAAUACGCAUACUAGCCCCUUUCACGACAAAUCUUAUACCUCUUCCCUAGUACACCUAUUGUUCCCACCACUUCAACUUCUUUCAUUCUCCGGUGAGCCCGCCUUUAGAACGUUUGCUUUUUACGGAAAUUUGGACCAUUUCUGGCCAACCUGGGAAGACAUGGUGGAGCAUGUUGUCGGCUCGCAUCUCCCGCACUACCACGAAUACAUGCAGCGAACUGUCUGGGAAAAUCCUUAUGAUCAUUUGAAGAGUAAUUCUUGUAAUGUUUUUGAGUAGGCUAAUGUUCUUGAGUAGGCUACUUCCGGUAAUGAUUUGGAGAGUAAACAUUGCAAUGUUCUUGAGUGCUGAGGAAAGGGGUACGGAUAGGAGGUAAGAUGAUGUUCCAACAUUAAGAAGCCUGUCCAUCGAUCUAUUCGUCCAUCUAAGAUAAGUUUGCUUAUCUAUCGAUCUAUUCGUCCAUCUAAGAUAAGUUUGCUUAUCUAUCGAUCUAUUCGUCCAUCUAAGAUAAGUUUGCUUAUCUAUCGAUCUAUUCGUCCAUCUAAGAUAAGCUUGCUUAUCCAUCUUCGAUCUAUUCGUCCAUCUAAGAUAAGUUUGCUUAUCCACCGAUCUACUCGUCCAUCUAAGAUAAGUUUUCUUAUCCACCUUCGAUCUAUUCGUCCAUCUAAGAUAAGUUUGCUUAUCCACCGAUCUACUCGUCCAUCUAAGAUAAGUUUGCUGUCCAUCUAUAAGAUAAGUUUGCUUAUCCAUCGAUCUAUUCGUCCAUCUAAGAUAAGUUUGCUGUCCAUCUAAGAUUGAUAAGUUUGCUUAUCCAUCGAUCUAUUCGGUGAUCUCUAAAGUUCUCUCCGAAAAGGCAGAUGGUUUGUCGAGAAGAAAGUGCCAGU